AUGGCAACCCAAAAAACCCUAACCCUCCUUCCCCUCCUCCUCCUCACAAUCCUAACAUUGGCAAUACUCUCCAUCACCUCCAACGCCGGCGGCAUCGCCGUCUACUGGGGUCAAGACGGCAAUGAAGGCUCUCUAGCAGACACAUGCUCGUCAGGCAACUACAACUACGUGAUCAUCGCUUUCCUUGUGACCUUUGGCAAUGGCCAAACUCCAGUCCUCAACCUUGCAGGACAUUGUGACCCUAGCAGUGGUGGUUGUACUGGCAUCAGCACUGAUAUCACUGCUUGCCAAACCCUAAAUAUCAAGGUUUUGCUUUCUCUCGGUGGAGGUUCCGGCAGCUACACUCUUGUAUCUGCUGAUGAUGCUCAGCAGGUGGCUGACUACCUUUGGAACAACUUCCUCGGAGGAUCAUCGUCUUCUCGGCCGCUCGGAGAUGCUGUUUUAGAUGGUAUUGAUUUCGAUAUCGAGAGUGGAACUAAUCAAUACUGGGAUGUGCUUGCUCAGAAGCUCUCCCAGUAUGGCCAACAAGGAAAUAAGGUGUAUCUAUCUGCGGCGCCACAAUGCCCGUACCCAGAUCAAUAUAUAGGCACAGCACUCGGCACCGGAAUCUUUGACUACGUAUGGGUGCAGUUUUAUAACAAUCCUGCAUGCGAUUACUCCGGCGGCUCUUCUAACCUGAUUAACUCUUGGAACACGUGGACGUCUAGCGUGCAGGCUACUAGCUUCUUUGUGGGGUUGCCGGCGUCGCCUAACGCCGCCGGAAGUGGGUACGUGCCACCAGACCAGCUGAUCUCGGCCGUGCUCCCUUACGUCAAUACUUCAAACACAUAUGGAGGUGUCAUGCUUUGGAGUCGUUCCUAUGAUCUUUCCAGUGGGUAUAGCUCUGCAAUUAAGGCCAGUGUUUGAAGGCCUUUACUAUUAUAAUAGGAAAAUGAAUAAUGCUAGCUAGAAUAAAGAGCAAGAGUACUUGCUCAUUUAAUUGUUUACGUUCAAAAGUCUAUGUUGUGGGUGAUGAUCAGAAGUUGUUUGAAGAUUCAUUAUUUAUGCAAUGAACGGAACCAUGCAUAUAUAUGUAACUUGACUACAAAGUCUUCUUUGUAACACAAGUACACACUACU